AUGGAUAUAAUGGGAGAAAUUAGUAGUUCUUUUUCUAAUGAUGAGUCUACUCUUUUAGAUUUAAUCCAAGAUUAUCUUCUUAAAGAUGAUUUUGAAACCUUAGCCAAUACCUCACCACAUAGCUUUCUUGAAGAUGAUUUUGAAACCCUAAUAAAUACCUCACCACAUAGCUUUCUUGAAGAUGAUUUUGAAACCCUAAAAAAUUCUUCACCACAUAGUUUACCUGAAGACGGUUUUGAAGCCCUAAUAAAUACUACCUCACUGCAUACUUUACUUGAAGAUGGUUUUGAAACCCUAAAAAAUACUUCACCACAUAGUUUACCUGAAGACGGGUUUGAAGCCCUAGUAAAUACUACCUCACUGCAUACUUUACUUGAAGAUGAUUCCGAAACCCUAAAAAACACUUCGCUUGGUGAUUCAACUUCUGACGCUUUGCCGGAAACUGCAACAUCGCCGCCUAAUGGUGGAGAAGCAGUCACCACCAGGAAGAAGUAUAAAGGUGUAAGGAGGAGGCCCUGGGGCACAUACGCGGCGGAGAUUAGAGAUCCGAAGAGACAUGGAGCUCGAAUUUGGCUGGGUACAUACGAGACACCAGAAGAUGCAGCAUUAGCUUAUGAUAGAGCAGCUUUUAAAAUGCGAGGUGCCAAAGCCAGGCUAAAUUUUCCUCCUUUAAUUGGCUCAACUGAUCAGCAUGAUCCGAUUAGAGUGACUAAUAAACGUAGCUCGUCGGAACAAUCCUCUUCAUCUCCGAGUUCGUCGGCUUCAUUGGAUCAGUUGCAGAAUGAUGAUUCUCCAAAGUCCAACAAGAAAAUAAAAAUAAUUAACUUAAUAGCUAAUGCUGUGGCACAAAAUGUUUACCAGUUUAGCCAUGUUAUCAAUUGCCAAGUCAGGAACCAUGGUGUAUAA